AUGUUCUUACAUGGAUGUGGUCACUCUCUCUCUCGCUCUCUCUCUCUCUCUCUCUCUUUCUGUGUUUUUAAGUCUUUCACCCUACCUCUCUGUUUGUGCCUUUCUCCUCCUUCCCAUGCUUUUCACACGCCUAUUUCGCGUCUUCUUGUUCUUGUUCUUCUUCUCCUUCUUCUUCUUCUUCUUCUUCUUUGUUUCUCUAUCCUUACUUUUAUUUUCGUUUCUUCUUAUUUUAUUUUGCUUCUUUUUUCGUUUCUUCUAUUUCGCUUCUUUUUUGCAUUUUCUGCUUACACUUUGCUUUUUCCACUUCCACUUCAUGUACUUCUUUGUCACUAUCUUCUCUCUUUUCCCUUUGCAUCUUUUCUUUCUUUUUCCCCUUUUUUUCUAAUCGUCUUAUUUAUCGGUGAUCAUUUGUAUUGUAUUGUCUUUCUUCUCUGUUUUAAUUCUUCUUUCUUCUCUUGUCUUAUUCUUCCUUCCUUUUCUAACUUAUUUGUUCUCUGUAAUCAGUGUCUCUUCUUUCUCACCGACUCUCUCCUAAUGCUUAUCUUCUCCCUUCAAAUCUUUCUCUUCUUUCUUUCAUCCUUUUUCUUUCCUCCUCUUAUGCCUUCCCUUUUACUUUGCCUUUUAAGCUCUUACUCCUCUAUUAAUCUCUUCCUUUCCUUUACCCAAUCUCUUGGCAUUCUAUCCUUCCUUCUUCUCUUACACAUCCUCUUCCAAUUUUAUCCAUUUGAUAACGAGCAUCACUUUAAACCCAUCCAUUUCUAUGUCUUUUGUUUUCACGUUUUUAACUUUUUAUCACGAUUUAUUAUUAUUAUUGUUGUCGUUCUAUUCUUUUUAAUUUAG